CCCUAUUCAAACCACGCUGAUGAAAUCCACAUCUCCACGUUCUCUUCUCGCCCAGUGAGCAAUUUGCGUGUGAUUUGCAAUAGUUCUCGUCACCCCACAUGUCAGCCUCGCAAUCCUAUUGUACACGACAUUGACACCACUCGUUGACCCGAGCAGUGUCCUACCCAAGCUAAUUAAGCUGUGAGAGAACACACAUGCAGUUGAUCAGUGGUGCUAAACCUGACACCGCUGCCUUCUUCUAUCUCUUUCUUCCGUUCUGUCUCUUUGUUAGUAGGCGAGCCUUUCCUACUAAGCUUGUCGAUCAGUGCCAUGUCAGAGAGCACCACCAUGGCUGGCGCGCCGGCCACGCCGGAAGGCGCCGGGGAUCCAUACGAGCGGCAGCUGAACUACAGCUUCACUGGGCGCGUCGCGCUCACCGUCGUCUUCGUCCUCUUCGGGGUCACCGUCGCCAUCGUCACCAUGCGCGUCCUGCUCUACGUGCUGGUGUACCGGUCUGGCCGAGGCGGAGGCCGCGGCACCGGCGGCCUCGCCGCUGGCAUCUUCCGGUCCAUCAACUCCUUCGGAAGGAUCGGCAGCCGGCGGCACGGGCUGAACGCGUCCGCGCUCUCCGCGCUCCCAGUCACCGUGUACAGGAAGGAGGCCGGGUCCACGAGCGCCGCGGGGGCUGACUGCGCCGUGUGCCUGUCGGAGCUCGUGGACGGAGACACGGUGCGGCAGCUGCCCAACUGCGGGCACGUAUUCCACGUAGAGUGCGUCGACGCGUGGCUGCGCACCAGGACGUCGUGCCCUCUCUGCCGGGCAGAGGCGGAGCAGUCCCAGGGCAAGGCGGAGGCGGCUGCGCAGUCGUCGUCGGAGCCGCCGCAACCGACGUUCCUUGGUGUAGGAGGAACCUUGACAGUGACCGUACAAGGUGAUACCCAGAGAGACGUGUGCGAAAACAUCGGCGGCAGGUAGUCAAUCGGCAUCUCCCUUUACCUAAGCUAUACUGUAUAAUCCAGCCUCGAGGGGGACCGGGAACAAGUGUACAGUGUGACAUAUGUAUAUACAGUACUACAGUAUAGGUUAGGCUCGGGAUGUAUUUAAGACUGUGAUUAUCCUUACCCGUAAAAUAAAUAAAUAAGAGACUGUGAUUUCUGUUAA